AUGGAUGAUAAUUUAUUUCAUAUUCAUUGUGAUGAUUGUCCAAAACUCACAAAGGAUAUUUCCAGUACACAACAAACAUCAUCAUCUUAUGAACCUAUCUAUCAUCAAAAUAUUAUUUAUUCAAAUACUUCAUUUCAUAGACAUGAUCAAUUAAUAAAUACCAACAAUAUAUAUAAUGCUCAACAAUUUGGUCAUCGUCGUCGAUACUGUACUAUAUUUACACAAAGUUAUAUUCAACAACUUGAUAGUGUAUUUGUUUAUAAUCGAUAUCUAGAUUUGAAUUACGUGAAUGCCUUGCUACUGCAAUGGGUAUUUUCAGAAACACGUAUUCAAGCUUGGUUCAAAAAUCAACGAACACAUCCAGUGCAAUGUCAAUAA